AUGGAAAACGUCCUCGACGAUAUCUCCCACCGGAGAUACAACCCUCUGCGGGGUUCCCACAUUCUCGUCUCUCCCCACCGAACCAAGCGCCCUUGGCAAGGCGCCCAAGAGAGUCCCUCAAAGACCACGCUGCCCGACUAUGAUCCCAAGUGCUACUUGUGCCCCGGCAACCAGCGUGCCCAGGGUGACACCAACCCAAAGUACGACAGCACCUUUAUCUUUGUCAACGACUACAGUGCCGUGAAGGAGGAGCAGGCUCCCUAUGAUGGCAGCAAUGGAGAUGAAAUCGAAAAGCGCUUCCUGAAGGCCGAGCCCGUGACUGGCAAGUGCUACGUUCUGACCUUCUCCGCGGCCCACAACUUGACUCUCGCCGAUUUGGCUCCCAUCGAGAUCGUGCCCGUAAUCAAUGCCUGGACUGAGAUCUAUGCCGCACACCUGUCACCAUCCUCUCCCUUGGCUAAGAAUGCGCCGCCAACCCACCUCCAGCCAGUCAACCAUCACUCCAGCGUUUCCAGGCCCAAGGAGCAGUACCGCUACAUGCAGAUCUUCGAGAACAAGGGGGCUGCCAUGGGCUGCUCAAACCCCCACCCCCACGGCCAGGUCUGGACCACCAGCACUCUGCCCGAGGAGCCGGCCGCUGAGCUCGAGCAGCUGCGCCGCUACCGCGUCGAGCAUGGCGGUAGCCACAUGCUAGAGGACUACGCAGAGCUUGAGAGCCGCAAGCAGGAGCGCGUAGUCUUUGAGAACGAGGGCUUCAUUGUUGUCUGCCCGUGGUGGGCUACAUGGCCCUUCGAGACUAUGAUAAUCAGCCGCACACACAAGCGCGCCCUCGUCGACCUGUCCGACGCUGAUAAAACUCUGCUUGCUGAGGCUAUUGCGGAGCUCACCCGCCGCUACGACAACCUUUUCGAGACUCACUUCCCCUACAGCAUGGGUAUCCACCAGGCUCCCCUCGACGGCACCCAAGAAGAGGUGGAUGCUUCCUACCUGCACCUGCACUUCUACCCGCCGCUGCUGCGCAGCGCUACUGUUCGCAAGUUCCUGGUCGGCUAUGAGCUGAUGGCUGAGCCUCAGCGUGAUAUCACGCCUGAGCAGGCUGCUGCUCGUCUGCGUGGCUGCGGAGGGGAGCUGUACCGCAAGAAGAUGGAGUAA